AUGCCCCCUAAUAUCUUCUGCUCCCUCUGUGGGGUUUUACUCUCUCCAAAUGUCACCAUCAACCCUGUUCCGGACAUGAAUAUGCUGCCUUGGAUGAAUCGAGCCCGAGCCGUCGUGAUGGGCACAGGCACAGGCCCAAAUUGCAGAUCUCCGCGGCUCACAAAGCCCACUGUCAUUGAGGAUAUAGUUAUGGAGUUCCCCGAUGAAUGGGAGGAUCACAUUGGUACCAGGAACGACUACGAGCUGGUCGACGAGCCCAUCGAACAAGUGGAGGAAUUCGGCCACCUCGACCCGUAUCCAUUCCAUGAAGCCUGCUGGCGGAUGCUAGUGUCGAGGACAGUGUUCCGAAAGAUGAUUGCUGGGGACAAAACUGAGCCCCGGGAACUCGUCCGGGCACUCGUUCAUCACCUCUCUUCUCUCUUCAACGCCCACCAGAUGGACGGCUACGGCCUGAUGCAAAUCGACCACACCUUCGGCGGGGCCUCGCAGUUCCGACGCAUCAUCGGACUGACACAGUAUUCUCGAGGGCUUCCCGAGCAUCUCGGCUUUCUCGCCGAAGAUCCGCUUUCGGAAAACCCCUUGACUCUGGCUGGCCGCUUCCCGAAUGACCAAGCGACCAAGGAUUGGACCAUGCACUGGAUGAGCGAGGCGUCAGAAAAAGGAAGCAGCUUCUCCUAUGCCACGGAUCCCUUCCGUCUCCUGCCUCUGGACAUCAUCUACGAGCUGAUCACGAGCAUGGCCUCGACCGACGUCUGCAACCUCCGCCUGGCGUCCAGGACCGUAGCUACAUUGUGUACCGACCGAACCCUGCCUCAGGCCUUUUGGAAGUCUCGGUUCACUCCCGGCUUUGAGAUGGAGUUUAUUUUGGCAGGCAGCUCACUGAAGACGUCAAAGCCCAACGUCAACUGGGGUGCCUUGUACAAACAUCUCCGUGCCCAGAGCAACGCUGGCUGGCUCCGCAAUAAGAGGAGAAUCUGGGAAUGCCUCGAGCGCCUCUGCGGAGCUUUAGAUCCUCUCAUGGCCUGCAAGGGCUUGACCUGGCCUCAGGAUGUAUGGACUAUGUUGAGUGAUGUUCGGGUUCCUGUGCCCAGAGGCAGGAUGGCUGGUGAGUUUGUCAACUCGAGGUUCACGGGCCAUUACGUUGAGGAACUGCUUCUCUUCCCGGAUCCGCUGAGAUCGACUCUUCUCAUCACUGCUUCGUUCAUACGGUGGCCGGCCAACGAGCUACUUUGCAUUUCGGGCUUCCGUGUGCAUUCCAAGUCGGAGGACGGGUCAUACGGCCUCGUCGCGGAGGCUGGCGUCUUUAACGAGGAUCACCAGCAAUCCAUCGACGUCGAGCCCGAGCACCGCAUCUGUUGGAUCAGAGCAUACUUGGUGGACGACGCCGUGGUUGCCGUUGCGUUUUUCGUUGACCGUAACGAAGAGAAUGUCGACGUGACGAGACUCUAUCUCGGCGACCCGUCCCUGCCAGAGUACAAAGAACAGCUUCGUGUUGGCGAGAUGGGACCACGGCUAGAAGGGCCAGGCCAUUUAAAUGGACUGAUCGUUCGAACGAAUGCAAGUCACGACUCACGAACAUCUCCCGUGUGCAAGUGCUCAGCCAUCAAAGUCGUCGAGCCAGCCCCGCCGCCCAAGGAGUCAGGCAAGCCGCAUUCCCCGAUACACACCCCCAGCAUCCUCUGGAGACCAGACGAGCCCGAUGACGUCUGGGUAAUCCCCAGGCUACUCGUGACGCGUGGUGAUAGUCUGGAUAUGGGUUUUCCCUCUCCAUACGUAGAACGUCUUCGGAUCGAGUUUGGAGGAUACCAAGGCGAAAGGCUGUCGAUGCUGAACCGCGUGUCUUUCUACAUGGAUCCGAAAUCUAACCUCUUCACCGGGUUCGGUUUCUUCUACGAUGACGGGUCGGAAGAGUCAUGCGGCUCGUACGAACUUGAUCAGUCGAUUCAUCCCCGACGGACACCAUCGAUCGAGAUGUCCUUUUACAUCCUCGGUCGCCUCGGGGAGCGGAUAACCUGCAUAGAAGUUCUGACGAAUAUGGGCCAAUCGAAUUGGGUCGGAAUGCAGAAAGGCCAAGAAAACUCGCCUGGUGGUUACGAGCCUGUGAGCGUGAAGAUAUUUCAGGUUCCGCCCGGUGAGAUGCUUACCGGAAUAGAAGCCGAGUUGAAGCCCCGCGAGGAUACUAUUGAAUCGUUCGGGAUCGCUACUUGCCCAUACCUCGAUAUUUUGAGCCAGCCCUAUGUUCAUCCAGUCAAAACGAGGGCCCUGGAAUUUCUGAAAUCAUCACCACGGGUUGACGCAUACAUGCUGCGCCAGGGCUGCGGCGUCACAGGCUCCACGUUGCAAGGCGUACGACGCAUCCGAUUUUCCCGGGGCAUUAGGAACAGGGCGCGCGAGAAUUGUCUGUCGGGAUUACUGCUCGAGUUUGGCGAGAAGGAGCAUCGUCGAAUCGUCGGCCAGUGGAUGGAGGAGACAGACGAUGUCUUCGAGAUUGGGAAACGAGACGCCAUUGUACACGUGCGUGUGUGGUAUCACCAGCAGGAACAUGGCUUCCAUCGAUAUAUGAUGCCGGACGAGAAUAACGGCCGGGUUAUGGGACUUGAGUUGACGACUCGGGAUGGUGCUUCGAAGAGGGUUCUUUGUGGAGAUGUGGAGGACACUGUAGUCCUGGACUUCUACACCAACACCAUGGAAGAGAUUUACGCAAUCUCCUGGAGCAUCAACGCCUCUUGGGACAGUCUCCACGUCGUCCGCCGGCCCCGACCAAGAUAUUUCGGAAAACGGCUUGAUUUCACACCUCCGGCAUCUUCUCCGCCGUUGAGCGAACGGCAGAAGCGAGAGGCUCGGAUCUUUCCCUAUACCGAGGUUGACACGGCCGGUAACACGCUGUCAAUGACUGGCAUUCGUGCCUUCUUCGGGGAUAAGGUUAUAAACGGCAUUGAGUUCGUCUACGGCAGCGGGGGCAAGGUGGUGACAUCAUCCAUCGGGUUGCUCGAAGGCCAUUGUGAGUCCGUACAGUUGGGGACCGGCGAGUUGUUUGAGAAUGUAUAUACGGAGAAGUAUCCGUUUGCAUCCCUGGAAACGAACGAACGAGCUGAGGCAAUGAUACUGGUGAUCAAGACCAUGAGUGGUUCUCGCGAAGGCCGAGACAUCACGCUCCAUCACCCAGACACCCCGUACGUUCGUCUUAGCCACCAGCCUUCCCCAGAAACCGAGAGCGGUGGCGCUGGCGGGGGCAGUAAGCUCGGGUGA